AUGACCAUCAAAGAACACUUCUUUGUUAGCAGAUUAGUUGUCUUCAAUGAGACAUUUGCAUCAGUAAAAGAAGAUGGCGACUUUGUAAUUUUGUGGCACGAGGCCAUCUCGGGUAGAUUAGGCGUGGACGUUGCCUCCACGAAUAUAAAGUGUGUGAACCUUUGCGAGACGGACAUUGUGAUAUUCUGGGCAGACAACUGCACAGGACAAAACAAAAACUGGGCCCUUUACACUGUGUUGUACUUACUAGGUUUUUCCAGAUUACAGGAGAGCUACAAAAGGAUUGUCGACAGAGUUCGAGAUGAUCCAGUCUUGUCUGGCGUUGACAUUCCGCUGCCAAACAUAAAUGCGAAAUCCAUCACAGCAUUCUUUUCAAGACAAGACAACAGAUCAAACUUCCUUGCAACUGCGCAACCAAAAGUGACAACUCACCGGAAAGUUUUGUCAUUACAACCGAUGCCAGCCGCAUCCAAGCUCCAUCAGUCCCUUCCAUCACCAUCUUACACUCAAGUACAAUACAAAGAUGUUCCCCACGAGUCUGGUAAGCGACUUGAUGCGAAGAGGCAGCUUGAGUUUGAUGCUCCUGAAACACCUGAUCUGACUGAGCUUCCACCACAGUCAUCAGCUUCCACAGAGCCCAAAUUUCCCCGCCGUAUUUGUCCUAAAUCAACUGCAUUUCCAGGAUCAAGUGGCGUACCAAUUCUCUUGGUUGUGCCUUCACAGCCAAUGGCACAAUCCGUCUCCCUACAACCUGCAUCAAGUAGUGUGCCUUUCAUAUGUCAACCUCCACCUCCUCCACCAACAAAACAGGCUCGUUCCCUCCCUAACCCAUCCACCAAACCAUGUGCUGCAUGUCAUGCACCAAAAUGUGGUGGGCUUUGUAAGAGGUACACACCAUCAAAGGCCAAAACUGUUGGUAGUAAUCAGAAAAUCUUCACCUUCUGUCCAACCACCAACAAAUCAACUACAACUGGAUUUGAGGAAGUGUAUGACAAUUACGAACAUUUUAAGAGAGUGGUGGAUGAAGAGCUGGAGGGGAGGAAGAGUACCGAUACACGGAACUAUUAAGGUUCUACUU